AUGGCUAAUCUCAUGGAUAACGAUCUCAUUUCCAAGUAUGAGUCCGAGUUUGGACUUACAUCGACAGAGAUUACCCAAAAGUUAGAUGCCCUGACCACGGAGGUCGACAAAGACCAGCGAAAAAAACUCUUGUCGAGUGUUGAACGUGCCAUUGAAGAAGCCUAUGAGAUUCUCGAUCAACUGGCAGUUGAAAUUCAAAACAUUCCAUCUGCAGCGCGUGGUCCAUAUAAUGGAAGGCUGCGAGAUUAUCGAGCAUCACUUGAUAAGGCCAAGCGAGAUGUUAAGCGUGCAGGAGAGGAAUCUGCUCGUGUUGAAUUAUUUGGGUCUCGGGCUUUAAAUAGUGGUAUUCCUGGGGCUUCUUCAGAUGACAUUGCAUUAGAUCAGCGCCAGCAGCUUUUGCAAGGAACAGCCAGUUUGGAGAGAUCAAGUCAACGGUUGCGGGACAGCCAGCGGCUGGCAAACGAAACAGAACAGAUUGGAGCAAACAUUUUGUCAGACUUGAGGGGUCAACGAGAGCAAAUUUCAAAUGCUCGGAACACACUUAUGGAAGCAGAUGGACACGUGGACAAGAGUAUUCGUACAUUGCGGAGUAUGGCUCGAAGAAUGGCUACAAAUCGAAUUAUUACUGUAGCCAUUAUUGUUGUUUUAGUAUUACUUAUUCUGCUAGUGAUUGCCAGCAAGUUUUGGUAA